CCGCCACCCUCCGCCCUCCCUACCAGUGGGCUGAUUCGGUAGUAGCAUCCGGCAGGGAAAUGGUCGUGCUUUCGGUGCCCGCCGAAGUCACUGCGAUCCUGUUAGAUAUCGAAGGUACCACAACCCCGAUUGCUUUCGUGAAGGACAUUUUAUUUCCAUACAUCAAAGAAAAUGUUAAAGAGUAUCUGCAGACACAUUGGGAAGAAGAGGAGUGCCAGCAGGACGUCAGUCUUUUGAGGAAACAGGCUGAAGAGGAUAUCCAUCUGGAUGGGGCUGUUCCAAUCCCUGCAGGAUCUGGAAAUGGGGUGGAUGACCUGCAACAGAUGAUCCAAGCUGUGGUAGAUAAUGUGUGCUGGCAGAUGUCUCUGGACCGAAAGACCACGGCAUUGAAGCAACUGCAGGGCCACAUGUGGAAGGCGGCAUUCACAGCAGGGCGCAUGAAAGCAGAGUUCUUUGAAGAUGUAGUUCCAGCAGUCAAGAAAUGGAGAGAGGCUGGAAUGAAGGUCUAUAUCUAUUCUUCAGGGAGUGUAGAGGCACAGAAACUACUAUUUGGGCACUCUACAGAGGGAGAUAUUCUUGAACUUGUCGAUGGUCACUUUGAUACCAAGAUCGGACACAAAGUGGAGAGUGAGAGUUACCGAAAGAUCGCAGACAGCAUUGGAUGCUCAACCAACAACAUCCUGUUUCUGACAGACGUUACUCUAGAGGCCAGUGCUGCCGAGGAAGCAGAUGUGCAUGUAGCUGUAGUGGUGAGACCUGGCAACACAGGAUUAACAGAUGAUGAAAAGACUUACUACAGCCUCAUCACAUCCUUCAACGAACUGUACCUGCCUUCUUAAACCUAGAGAAGGAUUUCUCACUGCUCAUGCUGUUCCUCAGAGUUCUCUUUAUAGUCUAGUUUUAUUCUAAUGGUAAAAGAAACUUAAAAACUAAAAAAACACAUAUAUAUGCACACACAUAUAUGCAAGUGUAUGUAUGCAUAUGCUCAAAUUACCUUAGGCACAUAAGUGAAAAAAAAAAAAGAACCUCAGUUCAG